GCGCGAGCUGCUCCUUCUGACAGCGCACUGCUGUGCUUCCUGUCCGUCAUACACACAUGAUGGACAGCAGCACGUCGUCUACUCUUUUUCGCUGAAUGAACCAACGUCAGCGGCGGCAAGAAGUAUGCUGGACAAGAAAGUCAACUCAGGAUGAGUUUCAGUUUAUCAUCGUGACGUGCCGUAGUGAAGACGGGCUUGCUGGGAAUUGAGCGAGCGAGUCAGUCAGCCAUCCAGCCGAGGCACUGCGCGAGAGAGGGGCGAGUGCCAGCCAGCCAAAUAGACAGAGAGGCUCCUCAGUAUCGAUUGAAAAGAAAAUGGCGGAGUUUUCCCCGGUGCUGCCGCUACGGGAUGGAGGUGCUCGGUGCGGGCAGCCCGUUUUCCCCCGGUCCCGGUCGGGCUCAGGUUCGGAGGAGUCCGAAACGGAGUUAUCGCAAAGCUUGGCCCGGACUAAGACCCGCUCUUACGGCAGCACGGCCAGCGUGACGGCACCGCUGGCGGAGAAGUACAUCGAGCACCGCGUCAGCACCAGCGACACAUUGCAGGGCAUCGCACUGAAAUACGGAGUGACGAUGGAGCAAAUUAAAAGGGCCAACAAACUUUUUAGCAACGAUUGCAUGUUUUUAAGGAAGAGUCUUCAUAUUCCUGUUAUUUCGGAGAAGUGCUCUCUGUUCAAUGGACUGAAUUCACUGGAGUCUCCAGAAAGCGAAGGAAGCGAGUGCUGUGCUGCCAACGACAGAGGGCUUACCGCGAUGGCAGAAGAGGGUGAUACUUCCUCUGCUUCCCCGAGCCCUCAGGAACCUGACAGUCGACCAACUGAACCUGAGGAACUGUCAGCCAAAGAUUAUUUACACAGACUGGACUUGCAGAUUAAGUUAUCAAAGCAGGCAGCAAAGAGGCUGAAAGAGGAAGACGUCAGACUACAAGAAGAAGAAGGUUCAUAUGAGUCUUCAUCCUACCACAGUAGUCAUUAACUAAAAGCCAUCGGAGGACCUUGACAGACUUUAACCCGUUCAGGACUAUGGACGACUAUUUAUUUAUUCUUUUUUUUUUUUAUUUUAUUUUUUUUUGCUUUUACCAAACCCGGUAAAGUGUACGUUUGCACUGAAACAAAAAUUUUAGCGUCUGCCUUGUUCUUAUUUUUUGUGUUUUCAUCCGACGCUGGAUUCCUGAUCUCACCGAAGGGAAUGCGCUUCACCGAGAGGGCUGAUCGUCGGCUCCCACUCUUUGGAAAUUCCCAGUAUGCUGCUUGUAGAAAGCCGAGUUACAAAUUCCAAUGCUGUAGAACUGAAAGCGACCUUCCAUAAAGCCCGCAAAGUGUAUUUUGCAUGUUGGCGGGCGAUCACGCUGCGGCCCCCCGACCCCUACCGCCCAGGGCAGUCCGAUCUCAAGUCCUUUCAGGUGUCGCGUCUUCCAGGCCAUUUCCACUUUUGUACAUACAGCUUGGCGUGUGUUGGGUGCAGGAAUGUCGGACUCUGAUUUGCUUGUGUUUUAUAUGAUUCAGCGAGGAGGGCCGCGUUUCAAGAGACGGUUGGCUUUAUUGUUUUUUUUUUUUGUUGUUGUUUUUUUAAAAUGUGCUUUUGUUGAAAACUUUUCUGCUUUUGAAAAACCAAUAGCGUAUAUAUUAAAGUGUCUGAUUUUAUUUAAAAUAAAGUAUUCCGGUAUGCUUAUGAAGAU